AUGUCCCAGCUGUAUAAUACCCUGGUACAUGUAGUAGAAGUAGAGUUUUGCAUUGCCAGUAGUACAGGAACACUCACAUGCAAUGCAAGCAGACGGAACCAGUAUAUGGAUUACGAGAAUCGCCUCAAUGAGUACACAUCAGAGGUCACUGUCAUUCCACACAGGAGGAUUUCACACAGAAAAAAUGGCACCAUCAACACCCAGAAUAAAACCACCAUACAGGACAGUUCCGCUAGUAGAGAGGAACACGUGUCUUUCUCGGCGUACACAAAUAAAUCCCAGUCUGGACUCAAUAAGAGACACAUCAUCAAAUUUGAGGGAACGGUACUGAACCUGGGCCACCACUACCACCCAGAGGACGGUAUCUUCAUCGCCUCGGUGACAGGCGUCUAUCUGUUUCACUGGACUAUCAAUAACUACUCAGAUUAUACACUUACAAAUAUAUUAGUAGGCGGUAAAGUUAUUUCUACCACUACCACGUCUGUAUCGUCUGCAAAUAAUUCCGGAUCCGCCAUGGUGAUUGUUACCGUGCAGAAGGACGAACAUGUCUGGAUACAGACCUGCUGCAAUACUGCUAAUGAGGUGGACGGAAAUACACUCGGUCUGGAUAACGCUUUCCAGUCCACGUUUUCGGAAACCUUACUUUUUUCAGUUGUAUAA